AUGGAGAGCAAAGCCAUCGCCAACGAGCAAAUUAGUGCCUCUUCUCAAUGGGAUCACAAUGAAGCUGCUCAUAAUGGUAGACUUCACUUUAAACAAUCAGGUUACAAAGCAGGGGCUUGGGUGGCUCUCACAAAUGAUGAAAACCAGUGGCUCCAGAUAGAGCUGAUUAAUCCAUACGUUAAAAUAACAAGGGUUGCAACGCAAGGACGAAACGGCCAAACUACGUUGAACUGGGUGACCAGCUAUAAUCUAACUUACAGCAACGAUGGAGUAAAGUUCCAUAUUUAUAAAGAACGUGGACAUGUGGAGGCGAAGGUUUGAUACUUAUCUAAAUUAGUUUUCAUCAAUAAUCCAUCUCUAUUAAAUGGGAUAUCUAAAAAAAAAAUACACUGUAAGAGUCAAACCAUGCACUUCGUUAAGCGAUCAAUUCGAAAGUAUAAAAUUCAGCUUAAAUUAAGAGGAACUACUGAGUUACUCUAGUGAAUAAGCACCAAAGUCUGUGCUGAUCAUUUUCCACAGCUUCCAACUGUGGGGAAUAAAUAAGUUAAAGAAGUCUAAUUAAAAUUACAGCGGAAAAAUUAAACUUACAAAUAAGAUAAUUAUAUCUGAAGCAGAGUAGAGAAUUCUAGCUGGCUCGAAUCUCCAUGAUUUAAAUCCGGGGAUAAUCUAACAUUACAAGAGAUGUUUAGGGCUUGUUUUGGCCUUUCAUAAGGGGACAUUAGUCAGUAUACCAUGUAAAAGAAAACAUUUCCACUCGAACCUCUACAGGUGGUGAGAUUGGUUUGACAUUUCUUUAAUGAUUAUCCUUUUCUGAAAACGACAGUGUUAAAAUGGGCUUUUUCAUACGAUUUGUCCCUUUCUUUCAUUGUAUCACGUAACAAAUCACGUGACUUGAAUCGGAAGUUCGCUCUCAGCACACUUUGAUCUUAACUGUCGUUCGGAAUAGAGUCUAAAUAAUCUUCAAAAAGUGUUAACUCUCAAUUUCAUAGGAGAAUUAAGUCUUUUAUGUUGUAUGGAUAUUUUCGUCUUUCAAAGACGGAGAGUAGUUUAAGUGAUGAUAACAAAAAUAUGUUGUUAAAUUUAAGAAGUUAGUCAUGAUCUCUGAUAAAGGCUGACAUCAAACAACUGCCAAAUUUCAUGUCGAGCGGAUAAUAGCACUAACGGCUUUUGCGGACUAUUUUAAAACGGUGGAUUUAAAUUUGACUUAAAUACUUGAGACAGCCCAAGGUUGAAGAAUGCAGUGCAUGCAACAUAGGUAGGAGGUUUACGUCUCUCAGUGUGUUGAUCUCAUUUUAGAAUUUCGUUGGAAACACAGACAAAGACACUGUUGUGUACCAUGACCUCUUUCCACCAAUUAGAGCAAGAUACAUCCGUUUCCGACCGACAGCCUGGUAUGGGUGGAUAACAAUGCGAGUAGAGCUGUACGGCUGU